AUUGUCCUCUUUCGGGGCACAAUGAUGAGCACAUGGGCGGCUUUGACUACGGGCCACUAUAAGAGAUGGAAGCGUGUGUGCUCAACUCCUUGCUUCCCUCCGCCUUGAGCCUGGCGCUCUCGACCUUCUCGCAACGAACUCGACGACCCGCCACGACCCCCGCUCGCUCCAUUCGUUCCUUGGAUAAUCUACCAGACGACACCUCCCAAUCUCCCGACACAAUCUACCCACUCUGUCUAACAGCAUGAUUUUCUCCCGACUACUCACCACACUCACCCUCGCGCUCGGCGCGUUCGCCGCCCCGAUCGACAGUACGCUGGUGGCUCGAUCAGAGUCCAACGUCAACACCGCGGACAAUGCGCGUCAGGCGCAGGCGCUGAACGCGAAGUUUGCGGCAUUGAAGGAGGCGAGCACGUGUAAAGGUGACGAGAUCGCCUGCGUCGCGGGCAUCCUCGCGCAAUGCAAGGCUGGCAAGUGGGAUUUGAGCCUGCAGUGCCCGCAGGGCACGACCUGCUUCGCGAUCCCGCGGACGGACAGCACGGGCACCGACCUCCAAUGCACGACGCAGAGCACGUUGGGUGGCCUCAUGACCAAGCUGGGCGUCCAGGGUGGCGUCAACGGCACGGACAACGCGACGUACGAGACGGAGACUGCGGCGCCGACAUCUGCGACACCGACCUCCGUACUCCCAUCCGCACCCGCUGCUUCGUCCGCAACGACCUCCGACGCCACAGAGGAGGUGCCAUGCACCAUGGAGUCUGGCGAGAGCCCUGCUUCCUCCGCCGCUCCCUCCUCUACCGUCCCUGCUUCCUCCUCAGCCGCACCCGCUACCUCCUCAGCGGCACCUGCUUUAUCCUCAACCGCACUGGCCAGCUCAUCUGCAUCCCCGAGCGACUCCGCUGCACCCACCGCCACAGCUCCCUGCGACGACUCCGCCUCGUCCGCGGCCUCCGCAACAGCUGCCCCAUCCAGCACCACCGACGACAGGACCUACUAUGUUACUGUCUACGUCACCGCGACCGACGAUGACCCCGCCGCGCCGUCUGCCACGAUCACGUCGUCGACGAUGGGUGUCGAGCCAUCAUCGACUGCGGGUGCCGAGAGUGGUGCGCCCUCUUCAGCGAGCGGCGAGGACAGCUACAUCUCCUCGAUGUACGCGUCCGCUUUCAGCAGCGCGGAGUCCGCUCCCGCGUCUUCGUACGCGGAGACGGCGACCGUAUCCGGUGAUCUGUCGUCCGUGGUGGCUUCUAUCACCAGUGGUGCGGCGUCUGCGACGGUGGAGAGUGGCGCAGCUGCCUCGGGUGCACCGUCCUCUUCCGACAGUGCGGCGGCGAGCAGCGACCUCAUUAGCACCACCUUCGCCAACGGUAUCGCGGCCAUUCCUUCCUCGUCCGUGGACUUCAGCGCGUCUGCGUCCGCCGAGUCGAGUGCGUCUGCGUCCGCCGAGCCGAGUGCAUCUGCGUCCGAGCUGAGUGCGUCCGCGUCUGCAACGGCCACCACCUCGUCCUCGAACCUCGUGUCCUUCGCCCUUCCUACUGCGUACAGUGGUUCGGCUUCCACCAGUGGUUCAGUUUCGGCAUCGGCGUCUGCUACUCCCAGCGAGUCUGCAUCUGUCGCUCCGAGCGCGUCUGCGUCCACCAUUCCUAGCGAGUCCGCCUCUGCUUCUUUCAGCGCGUCCGCUUCGGCCUCUGCAAGCGAGUUCGCGUCUGCAGCACCCAGUGAGUCUGCGUCCGCGUCGGCCUCGGGCUCGAGCCCAUCAUCCACCCUGGCAUCGUUCGCACAGGCGUCGUCCGUGAGCUCGAGCAGUGCAUCUGCUAGCGCAACCGCGUCGGCGUCCGCUGUGCCUUCUAGCAGCGCUGAGGUAUCGGUCUCUGCGUCCGCGUCUGCGAGCAGCACGGCGUCUGCCUCUACCGAGUCUGCAUCCUCCGCCGAGCCCACUGCUACUUCGGAUGCCCCCAAUGUGUCCUUCUCCCAGCCUGCUGUGGCCGAGUCAACCUCCACCGUUGCCUCAUCGUCCGCGACUGAGUCUGCUUCCUCGGAUGCCACUGUGUCUUCCACGGAAUCUGCUUCGCCAUCCGCGACCACCGAUGCCUCUUCAAUCAGCAUCCUCGGCACCUCCACCGACUCCGCUGGCGAGGUCUACGUGACGGGACUCACCACGGAUACGGUGACGUCCUCCAUGGUGACGACCACGUCGACGACGGAGGGCGCGGUGGAGUCCUCAAGCAGCGCGACGGAAACCUCGAGCAGUGCAGCGGAAACCUCGAGCAGUGCAGCGGAGGAGACUUCGAGCGUGGAGUCAACUGCGUCUAGCAGUGCCGACGAAUCUUCGACCAGCGCAAUGGAAACCGCAAGCUCGGUAACCGCUACCGCUGCGUCGGAGACCUCGAGCAGCGUUGCUGAGACUUCGAGCUCUGCUUCGGAGACCGCAAGCUCUGCGACCGAGACGUCCAGCGCCACGCGCAACCCGUACAGUUACGCCCCUCCAAGCCAGGAGACUGCUGCGUAACUUAUCAUCGCGAACCGCUAGCCGGAUUCGCUUAUCUCGUGUGCUAUGGACACACUACCUGCAUUGAAUGACGGACUCGCAUCAUUGUUUCCUCUUUAUCACUCACAUAUCCGCUCGCUGUAGCCAUAGGUCAUUGGUUUUUUUCUAAUUGUGCUCUUUAUGAGGCCCGAUUGGAAUGGGUAUUGUAGUCUCGUUUAAGUACUUAGUUCGGUCUUAGCUUAUAGAAUGAUUUGAGAUCAUCUACGGUGUGAAUGUC